CUAUGCAUGCCUUGUUUUCCUGUUGGUAGCAUCUGUUGCUGCGGAUUUAGUUGAAAAUCAAAGUCAACAUGAGAAGAAAUCCGCUUUAACAUCUUUAAAGUUAAACUAUAAACUACAAUAGAGUUUGAUGUUUACACCGGACUAGAUGAGGGGGGGUGGGGUUCCGCCCCUGGAGGAGGCGGGGCUUGAAUUCCAAAGUGGGAACGAGUUUCCUCUCGAGACGUCACUCCGGGAUAGGCUGCGAUCCGCCGAGCUGCGCUGUCACUCAUCGGGAUUUCGAGCUGAUCACCAUCGCUUCCUCCGGACGCGACCCCCCCAGCCUGGAGAAAGUAGCCUUACCCGUCGCGGGAUUAAAGUGAUCGCCAGUCCCGUCGCUUUCGUCGAAACUGCCAGUGAGAGACGGGGGUUCGUGCCGUGUUGGGUUUUCUAAAUGCGGCACGAAGCUAAAAUGAUGCCGAUGUUCCUAACUGUAUACCUCAGUAACAAUGACCAGCAUUUUACUGAGGUUCCCGUCACCCCGGAGACGCUAUGCCGGGACGUGGUGGAGUUGUGCAAGGAGCCCGGAGAAGCGGACUGCCACCUGUCCGAGAUGUGGCGUGGAUCUGAGCGAGCCGUAGGCGACGCAGAGAGGAUGCUGGAUGUUCUCCAGCGAUGGGGAAAGCACAUAGCAGAGGUGCGCUUCUUUCUGCGCCACAACCGAGCCCCCAGCAGGGAAUCAGGAGGCUCCAGGGGCUCAGAGCCGAAGAGGAAUGGAGUGAAGGGUCCUCAAGAAAGGAGGAUGGAGAACGGGGUGGCGACACCCCGCAUGGACAUGACGCUGGCAGAGCUUCAAGAGAUGGCGUCCAGGCAGCAGCAGCAGAUAGAGGCUCAACAACAGCUCCUCGCUUCCAAGGAGCAGCGGCUGCGCUACUUGAAGCAGCAGGAGCAGCGUCAGCAACAGCAGGCCUCUGAGCAGGAGAAGCUGCAGCGCCUCCGAGAGAACGUUGAGAACCAAGAGACUCGGCUCAAGAAGGUCCGGGCAAUCAAGGGCCAGGUGGAGCAGAAACGCCUCAGCAACGGCAAACUGGUUGAGGAGAUAGAACAGAUGAACAACCUGUUCCAACAGAAGCAGAGAGAGCUAGUGAUGGCUGCAUCAAAGGUUGACGACCUAAGCCGACAGCUAGAGUUGCUGAAAAAUGGCAAAAUGGAAAACAUCCAUGACAACCAGAGCUCCGUCGCCGAACUAGACCGACUCUACAAGGAGCUACAACUGAGGAACAAGCUAAACCAGGAUCAGAACUCUAAGUUGCAGCAGCAGAGAGAGAACCUGAACAAGCGCAACCUGGAGGUGGUUGCCAUGGACAAACGGAUCACUGAGCUCCGAGAUCGGCUGUGGAAGAAGAAGGCAGCACUGCAGCAGAAAGAGAACUUGCCUCCUCAGAUGCCCCGACAUUCACAGAUCCCCCAUGCCAACAAUGGCUACCCUGGUAAAGAGAGGGCUUCAAAAGAGAUUCAUACUCAGCAGCCCUCUGAUAGCCUGGCCGGACAGCAGACAGGUCCAUCUCGAGUGGCAGCGGUCGGCCCAUACAUCCAAUCAUCCACCAUGCCCCGGGGCCCAGUGAGACAUGACCUGCUUGUAAAGCCAGCCUACCCUGAUGGCACUGCCACCCUACCAGCCCACGAACCACAGAGCAAGGCCGGGGCAGGUCCAGAAUCUAACACCAACGGUCAUGGUCCUUCUUCGACACUACCACGAAUCUCCUCUCACUCCCACGCAAGCGCAGAACAAGAUGAGACGGAACUGAAGAGAGACAGGAAGGUACGUCCACUUUCCAUGUUCGAGUCAACAGAAGUUCCCACCACCUCCCUCCGCAAAAACCAGAGCAGUGAUGACCUGGUCAGGGAUGCUCAUUCUGCCCCCAAGGCUCCGGUCAAGGUGCCUCCUCCCGUCCCCACCAAACCAAAAGGCCCAGGUGUUGUGCCGUACGGCAAACCAGGCCUCAACACAGGCACUUUCCCUAAAGCCAAGCCCCACAGCCAGCAACCCCAGGCUGCCCAGAACCGCACCCCUAUGACACCCUCACAGAGCCAGACACUCCCCCUGCCCCCCAAGCAGGACGCUCCACCUGCAGCCACCGUACGGCCCUUCACCCCAGAGCUGCCCUCCUCCAAAGAUAUGAGUAAGCCCCAGACCUUAGCGGCCAGCUCCAUAUACUCCAUGUACACACAGCAACCUGGCUCAGCCAAGCCCUUCCAGCCCAGUUUGCAGGGUGUUCUCAACAGGUCCCAGAACCGCAACAACGGAUUCACCAGUGUGUACGGUAAACCAGUGAUCCCAAUUGGAGGCCCCUUAUAUCCAGAGAACCCGUACCUGGACCGCCGCUCCCCUGCUCCAGAGUUUGAAGUUGACCACAAUGGAGCCGUCAAUGUUGGUCCCAUCUCAUCUGAGAGCCCCCAACCAGAAACGGAGCGCACCCCCCGGCCCCUCAGCCCCACCAAGUUGCUUCCCUUUAUUUCUAACCCCUACAGACAUCAGAGCGAGGGUGACUUGGAGGCCCUGAGAAAGAAACUCUACAACGCCCCGAGGCCCCUGAAGAAACGUAGCUCCAUCACUGAACCGGAAGGUCCUGCAGGACCCAACAUUCAGAAACUCCUGUAUCAGAAGACCACACUGGCAGCUAUGGAGACCAUUGUGACCACACCAACCACCCCCACUUACGCUGGUGAAGCAGAGAAGGUGGCAGAGGGAUCUGUGGGGCCACCAAACCUUCUAAUGGGGGCAGAGAACCACCCUUCAGAGACAGGACCUGCUCGGGAGGGAGGACAGCCGCAGUCUUCCCUUUCUGUCCCUGCUGAACAAACUAAAACGCCUUCAGCUAUCCCAGAGACCGAAGACAUCAUCCCCCCUCCUCCUCCAUCCCACCCGGCCCCCAGGCCAGAUGAUGCCAUUUUCCUACCACCACCCCCUGCUGGCUUGGAAGACAUAAUCCCCCACUUGCCUCCUCCACCUCCAGAGGGCUUCCUUGAGGAGUUCCCUCCCUACCCACCUCCACCGUACCCCAGCGGAGGGGAGCAGGACAGUUUGGGAGAGGACACCUUUAACAUGAAGGCACCAGAGGUCACGGGCCAAGUCACACUACCACCGGGGAAGAGGACCAACUUACGCAAGCUUGGCUCUGUACGCAUCGAUCACAGCAUGAGAGUGAAGUUCAACCCACUGGCUCUGCUGCUGGACUCGUCUCUGGAGGGAGAGUUUGACCUGGUCCAGAGAAUCAUCUAUGAAGUUGAGGAUCCCAGUCUGCCCAACGAUGAAGGCAUCACAGCUCUACAUAACGCUGUCUGUGCCGGACACACUGAGAUUGUCAAGUUUCUGGUUCAGUUUGGAGUUAACGUCAAUGCUGCUGACAGUGAUGGCUGGACACCUCUUCACUGUGCUGCAUCCUGCAACAACGUGCAAGUGUGCAAGUUCCUGGUGGAGUCCGGCGCUGCGGUGUUCGCGAUGACUUACAGCGACAUGCAGACGGCAGCUGAUAAAUGUGAAGAGAUGGAGGAGGGCUACACCCAGUGCUCGCAGUUCCUCUAUGGUGUGCAGGAGAAGAUGGGCAUCAUGAACAGGGGUGUGGUCUACGGCCUGUGGGACUACACCAGUGAAAACCCUGAUGAGCUGACGUUCGGCGAGGGAGACUGCAUGACCAUCAUCCACAGAGAAGACGAGGACGAGAUGGAAUGGUGGUGGGCACGCAUGGCCGACACUGAGGGUUACAUUCCCCGCAACCUCCUCGGGCUCUAUCCCAGAAUAAAGCCUAGACAGAGGACCCUGGCUUAAAACACAAAGACCCUGGACAUUCCAGUCAGCCAGCGUGCGCGUGAACACACACAAACACACCCACACGCUUUAACAGACUGGAAAAGAGACAGACUCUGCUGAAAUGAAGAGACAACGACAGACCAAACGAUAUGAAGGAUCAGCUCUGAGUUCUUUCUGGCACUUUUCUGUUUCUACAAUAGAAGGAUUCUCUCCCUCUCUCUCUAUCUAUCUCUCUAUCCCUCUCUCGCUCCCUCUUACUGUGUACUUUGUACUCAAGACACUAAUGGCAUUGUUUUUCCUUGACCCUGCUGUUUUUGUACUUAGCAUCUGAACUACUCAGCUACUAUAUCUAAAGUGACAGAAACUCAAAACUUGGGAUGUAAAAGGAACGAGCAGUAUUUUCAUUUCUAGAAAGUGAUUUUGACACUUUUGAACUGUUCUUUAUUUUCUAACAAACUUGGGGCUCUACGUUGCAUGUGGUGAACGAGUGGAUGAUUCUUUCGAAUUGCUGAGUAACCGUGCCUCUGUAUAUCUGCACUGGAGAUGAAAAAUUUCAGCUGUGACCACCACUGUUCUGCCUACAUUGAUGGAAUAUGAAAUGAUGGGUGGGAAAGACAGACGGUGAAGCUUUUGAUCGAUCUUUUGCUGUUCACGCUGUGGUCGAUGAUGCCCAGAAAUCCAGUCUCCUGCUGUGACACGUGUUUAAGAUGCCACAAGAUACUGUGUAUACAUGUACUUCUGUCGCACAAUCUAGUGAAACGUUGCCGUAGGAAUGAUAUUGUUAUGAAAAUGGAUUUCAAAGUAUGAAUUUGAGAAUACAAUCAUAUAAUGAGGCAAGCCUAAUACCAAGAACCUUGACUUUUUGUAGUGAUCCGUAAGAGAUGAUUCAUUAUAUUGUAAAGUCACAACGGUCAAACAAGUCAAGUCAUCUCUUAAAAGCAAAAAAUGACAUUCCCAAAACUCACUUUAUCACAUUUCUCUGUCAACUCAGAUGUAUUUAUUUUUGUUAUGUUUUUCUUUAGCUCUUUUGUCAGUUAUAACCACAAAUGUACUGUAGUAUAUCAAACAUUUACAAUAAAACAAUUUGUACUAA